AUGUUAAAGUCCAUCAUCACGACGCAGGACGAUUCCCUUUCGAGUUCUGAAAAUUCAAAUUGUAGCAAAAAAUUCAUUGCAAUUAUUACUGGAUUUUCAGUUCCUCCUAAUGGUUAUUCAGAAACAGAUGGCCCAUUAGGAGCUAUUUGGAUUGGGUUGGGAGUUCUAAAAUUUACAAAUUUAAAUAUUCUUUAUUUUGUCGAUGAAAAUCAAUACGAAGGAAUGUUGAAAUUCUUGAAAAUGGUUUUCGGAAAUGAUGAUCAACGAGUAAAGAUUGUUAAGGUGACAGGGCAAGACUGCAAUGAUAUACAUCAGGCUUCUUCAGAGUUUAAACAGCAUUUGUAUGAUAUUCACUCUUUCAUUUCCAUCGAACGAGUAGGAAAGUCAAAAGAUGGAAAAUGUUACAGCAUGAGAGGCAUUGAAAUUUCUGGUUAUAAUCUUGCACUUGACACUAUUAUUGAAUACGUUCAAGAAAAACAUCCAAACACUCCUCUGGUGAGCAUUGGAGAUGGAGGAAAUGAAAUUGGAAUGGGGAAUGUCCGUGAUCAUGUUGAGAAAUGCAUUCCAAACGGAGAGAAAAUAGCAUGUGUGAAGAGGAGCGACUUUUUACUCGUUUGUGGUGUCAGUAAUUGGGGAGGUUAUUUAUUAUAUUUGUUAUUUGAGUAUUGUAGAAGACAUAUUGUAGAGAAAGUUCCAAUGGAAGGAAUAGACGUUCAGAUGGAUCUCAAUUAUCUAAAGUUUAUGGUCAAUGAAUGUCAAAUGGUUGAUGGAGUAAGAAAUCAAGCGACCAUUAGUGUGGAUGGGUUAGACUAUGAUGUACAUGAACAAAUUAUUAACGAUUUGAAUCAUUGUUUUGGACAAGACAUGCAACACAGUAAACAUUAA